GCAGUCGAGUCCUACCCACGGCGGCGAGCACAGCGACGUCACCUCGCAGCGGGCCUCACCGUCAACACCGCGCCCUCGCCGACACCGCCGUGAAAGUGCAGGAGGCGGGAGUAUCCCGGACACAGAGACGUUCCAUCCCAUCGGCCACAGCGGCACCCUCGCGCCAGGAUGAGCCUGUUCAACGGACUUUUCUGGCUGCUGGUCUUAGUUCUUCUAUCAUGGUGGAUAGCUUGUUUCUGCUUUUUCCCUUAUGUUGUAGUAAGUGUUCUUACACCCUGCAUUCCUGGCCUAAAGGCAUUGGCUGAUAUACUCCUAGCAGGAGUGCAGUUUCCAUUUAAGUGUUCAGACAACAUGGUGAACCAACGCUCUUAUAAUUCAUAUUAAUGUUCGUGCAGCACAUUUUUAAAAAAAUCGCCAUAAAAAGUACCUUUGAAUCUGGUUCACGCUAGAAAUUGAUGACCCUCUUCCUAGUCAAUAAAUACCUGUUUGAACCAAUAGCUGUAAAGCUUCACUAAUGAAAAACAAUGUUACAACACCCAAUGUAAAAUCACAAAUGUUUUCAAUUAUGGUUGUGUAUUCAUAAUAUUUUAUUUUGUGUGUAAAAAUAUGUCAUUUAAUUGCAUAAUGAGUGAGGUAUGAAUAAAGUUAACUUUAUAA